GAACUGUCAUUGGACAUUGUAAAUGUAAACAAACAUCGGGUGAAGCAAAAAUAAGAAAGGAGUUUUUGUGAGAAUGUGGAAUUCUAUAGGAGGUUUUGCUGCACUGAGAAGCAAGAGGGUGCAAUGGAGAUUCGUCUCAUGGGUAUUGUUGACCUUUUUAUUGCUCUAUAAUUCGGGCAAGAGUGUCGUAAACCCCGGGUACAACUGGCGAAUGCUGGACGAAAGGGUGAGAGUUGUCUUCUGUGACACUUUGAGUCUGCUAGAGUGCCCCAAAGGCAGUAAAGAAGUCUCAAGUGAUCAGUGCGAGUUCGCCUGUGAUACUGUGUCCAAAUCCAGUGCGAGUCGCCUGGAGGAAUUGGUGGUGAAAUCCCCAACGUCAGAACGAGUCUGCCUGAUCCAGGAUUUCGCACAGAGUGAGUCUGCCUGUGCAAAGAGCCCCAAGGGCCCCGGACGACGGAGUACCGAGUUCUGCAUGAGACAUUUGUCCCGCCGAGAGAAGAGGGCCAUUAGGCUUGAUAAUCACCUUCGAAGACGGUCUGAGGAGCGUAGGGAACGCCUGAGACGCCGUGAACGAGGAGAUAGAUCCCCUAGCCCCUUCCAACGUCCAAGGACAUCGUUUGCAGAGCCCAGGAGGAGGACCAGCCCCUCGAGAUAUUCAUCCCGAAGACCUGGUGCAUCUCAUUCAGCCAGACAACGAGAAUUGUCACGUAGAGAGCCCUCUAUUCCUCACGUGGUGAUUAGACCUUCACGUGAGAAAGAAAGAGAGAGAGCGUGCGAGGAACGACGCAAAUUAAUCCGGACUAGUCCUGUUGUGACCGCGAGCUUCGCUCCCCAGUGAGGUUGGGAACACCAGUGGAACCUUCUCCUAGCCCCGAUCGGCUAGUUAUUCAGAGUUCACCCCUGAGCACCUCACCAGAAUCUUCACCUGACCACCGAAAGGAGAGCCCCUCUACUUUCCCCCCGUUAGAGGCAAAGUUUGAGGAACUUGAGGCCAGAAAACACCCAGCGAAAAAUGAAGGGAUCGUUCCCCAUACUCCUUCAGCGAGUGAGUUACCAGGAUACGGAGUGGAGGUGCCCAAAGGACUGGAGAAGACGGAUAUAGCAGGUGUCCCUGAGGAAGAAUCACCCACUGAAUCUUCGGAGUCCCCUGGGAGUGUUUGUGAAGUGUCGGGGCGUACACAGGUACCCUAUAAAUUAGUUGAGUGGAGGAAAUUUGCUUUACCUGUGCAGGGCCCCGCUCGGGAAAUCCCUGUUCGUCUGGCGUAUCGGCGUAUAUCCGGGGUCCCAUCAGCCCUCUACGUCAAUACGUCACCAGAACAUCAUCAUCCUGAGCCGCACCGGGACACCCCGAGGUCGCCGCAGGCGUUCCCGACGCCCAGUCAGCGUCUCCCGUUCUGGGGGAGACCUGGUCGAGCCCCCUUCUUCAUCGCACCCACCAUCGGCUGGAGAUAUCCGUCGGGUGCGGGAGUCUCGCAGGGUAACUUUUCUUGGCGAAGCCACCUAUAACCAGUUAUCCCGACGAUACCCGCAGAGGGUCUUAGUGCCCAACAGCUCAAGAAGGAGACGAAGAAGGAAACGAGGAAACAGAAAUCGCCAUAGACGUAGUCAGAGACGCCCCCAUUCCCCCAUUUUCAUAGUGAUUCUUUAAAGUUUAGAACUUUUCUUCUGCUUUUUUUUGAGUCUAAUCGGGAAUGAAUAAAGAUGCUAUUUCUAAGGGUA